CAGAUUCAGGUUUUGCCCAGUUGGUUUUGUGGCUUGGGGCUGAGGGUUGAACCCGUUGUGCUGCCCCUUGUUUUGCAGAACACAUAACAGUCCUGAAAAGCUUGAGGGACAUUAAUCUUUAAGCUCAAAUUUUUCUUUGCUCACGUUUGAAGCUGGCAAGUGCUUGUGUAGUUGGGCCCUGCUGACAGCAAUGCAGAUGGACAAGAUAUAUCCACGUCUGAAUGACACAUAUCGUGAAAUCAGGCUGCCCCUCGUCCAGCCCUCUUCGAGGCCAGACACGACCAUCGUGUGCUCUUUGGAAAGCAUUUCUCUAGCUGACCAUGCUGAAUACAUCGCGCUAUCAUACGUUUGGGGUGACCCGAACAUCACGGAGAUUCGCGUCAACAGCGUUCCACUGGCGGGAACAACCAACUUGGCUGCGGAUCUUCGACAACUUCGAACCUACAGGUCAAGAGAAAGAGUCAACACCAAUAAGGACCUCCCGUCGUUGUUUUCUGUAGAUGCAACGUAUGACGGACAUUUACCGAAGCGCUGUUAAAAUUGUAUCGUGGCUUGGGCCGGGAGCAGAUGGCAGCGCCGAAGCAUUAUGUACUCUGAGAGCAAUUUCUCGG